UAACUAAUAAGUUAGCACUAUUCUUUAUUUCUUGUCAUGUAAUCAUAGACUUUUUAACUUCUCUCAAUUUGCAAAACAGCCCUUCUAAAAUAAAGUAUUAACACAUUCUACCAAACAUACAGAGCUUCAAAAAACAACAAUUCUAACAACAUCCAAAACCUCUCACACUGCUUCUCCAAUGGCUGCCACCUUACUGUUUCUCUCAACACUACUCUCAACACUUGUUGCCAGCUCAGCAUUUUCCGAACGAGAAACCCUAAUCCAGUUCAAGAACUCCAUUGUAGACCCAACAAAAGCUCUCUCUGACUGGUCAAACACAACAUCAAUCCACCAUUGUAGCUGGACUGGAGUUUCUUGCACAAACCCUUUUCUUGUUUCUUCAAUCAACCUUCAAAGUUUGAAUCUUUCUGGUGAAAUUUCAUCCUCUCUCUGCAAUCUUGUUAAUCUCACUCAUCUUAAUCUUGCUGACAAUUUCUUUAAUCAGCCAAUCCCACUUCAUCUCUCUGAAUGUGUAUCUCUGGUCACUUUAAAUCUAAGUAAUAACCUAAUUUGGGGUACAUUACCAGAUCAAAUCUCUCAGUUUAAGAAAAUGGAGUUUCUUGAUUUUAGCAGGAACCAUGUUGAGGGUAAAAUCCCAGACAGCAUUGGAUCAUUGCACCACCUUAAAGUUUUGAACUUUGGCAGCAAUUUGCUCUCAGGUGAAAUUUCACCAGGGGUUUUUGGUAAUUUCACUGAGCUUGUGGUUCUUGAUUUGUCUCAUAACCCAUUCUUGGUUAGUGAAAUUCCUGCUGAUUUUGGCAAACUGAGUAAACUUGAACAACUUUUAUUGCAAAGCUCAGGUUUUUAUGGUGAAAUACCAGGUUUCUUUAAUGGUCUGAAGAGUUUGAAAAUUUUGGAUUUGUCCCAGAAUAAUCUUACUGGUUCUUUACCUAGGAUUGAGUUGUUGUUGUCGUCGUCUCCUCGAAAUUUGGUUUCGUUUGAUGUUUCACAGAACAAGCUUUCCGGGCCAUUUCCUAAUGGGGUUUGUGAAUCGAAAAGCCUUGUGCAUUUGAGUCUGCAUACAAAUUUCUUUAAUGGCUCGAUUUCGAAUGAAUUCAUCGUUAAAUGCACGAAUCUUGAGAAAUUCGAAGUUCAGAACAAUGGGUUCAGUGGGAAAUUCCCUUCUUGGCUUUGGUCAUUGCCUAAAAUUAAGCUCAUCAGAGGCGAAAACAAUAGAUUUACGGGUGAAAUACCCGAUUCGAUAUCGGAAGCUGCUCAAUUAGAGCACGUGCAAAUCGAUAACAAUAGUUUCACCACUAAAUUUCCAUUGGGAGUUGGGAAAUUGAGAAGCUUGUAUAGAUUAUCUGCAUCAUUGAAUGGCUUGUACGGUGAGCUUCCUCCGAAUUUCUGCGAUUCUCCCGUGAUGAGUAUUAUCGAUUUCUCGCACAAUUUUCUCUCGGGGAAUAUUCCCGAGAUGAAAAAUUGUCGAAAGUUAGUAUCUUUAUCGCUGGCAAAUAAUAGCUUUGUCGGUGAAAUUCCGGAAUCUUUGUCCGAUUUGCCGGUUUUAACGUAUCUCGAUCUUUCUUGUAAUAAUCUCAGUGGGUCAAUUCCUCAAGAACUCGAAAAUUUGAAGCUUGCUCUAUUUAAUGUUUCGUUCAAUCAUCUUUCGGGUAGGGUUCCGUUGUCAUUGAUUUCCGGUCUACCCGCUUCGUAUUUGCAAGGAAAUCCUGAUUUAUGUGGGCCCGGUCUGCCGAAUUCUUGUCUGAACGACAGCUCAGCGAGCAAAUCUUUUAGCUUCGCUAAAUUGACAUUUGCCUUAGUUUUCAUCGCAAUAGCUUUCGCGAUUUUUGUCUUUGCCUUUGGGUUUUACAUGAUACGUUCGUACAAGAAGUCUCGGUUAGGUUUGUGGAGAUCGGUUUUCUUUUACCCUCUUAGAGUAACCGAGCAAGAAUUGCUUAUGUCGAUGGAUGAAAAAUCGGUUAGAGGAAAUGGUGGAAAUUUUGGGAGAGUUUACGUAGUGAAUUUACCGAGUGGCGAAUUUGUGGUUGUGAAGAAGAUAUUGAAUUUCUCUUACCAAUCUUCGAAAGCACUGAAAAACGAGGUGAAGACGCUAGCCAAAAUCCGGCACAAAAACGUUGUGAAAAUCAUGGGAUUUUGUCAUUCGGAUGAUUCGAUAUUUAUGAUAUACGAAUAUCUACCGAAGGGAAGCUUAGGAGAUUUUCUUGGAAAACCCGACUUCGAUUUUUCGUGGAGUUUGAGAUUGAAGAUAGCUAUUGGAAUUGCUCGAGGGCUGGCUUAUCUUCACAGAGAUUACCUUCCACAUUUGUUGAAUCGAAACUUGAAAUCGAACAAUAUUCUUUUAGAUGCCGAUUUCGAACCGAAGCUGACUGAUUUUGCGUUGGAUCGGAUUAUUGGAGAAAAUACAUUUCAGUCCAUAAUUUCAUCACAAUCUACAUCUUCUUGCUAUUUGGCACCAGAAUAUGGACACAUGAAGAAGGCGACUGAACAAAACGACACGUACAGCUUUGGUGUGGUUCUGUUGGAGCUAUUGACGGGUCGAAAAGCAGAGGAAAACAAAUCGGGCGGGGCUCCACUCGAUGUUGUAAAAUGGGUCCGGAGAAAGAUUAAUAUAACCGAUGGUGCUUCGAGAGUUCUUGAUCCCAAGGUUUCGAGUUUGUUUAGACAACAAAUGCUCGAUGCACUGGAAAUUGCUCUCCGUUGUACUAGUGUUGUACCCGAAAAACGGCCUUCGAUGUACGAGGUUGUAAGAUCACUCCAGUCUCUAGAAAUUAUGUAAGAACUUGUUUUUUUUUUUUAAAUUUUAAUAUCAUUUACAUGAAAUUUUCUUUCAUGUUUUUGUAA